UAUAGCCCAAUGGGCAGAUGUAAUGUAUGGCCUAACCCAACUCUUUUGCCCCAUAUACGAUCGACUUGUGAAGAAAUUGAAACGGCAAGAGUAAGAGUCGUCGAGAGAGUGAGGAAUGCAGGGAUGGCGUGCUAGAGGUAAAUAUGAAUCAGAAUAUGUUGAGUGGCAGUGGUGCUUCCGGUAUGCCUUCUGGAACUGGCACGAUCAUGAUUCCAACUCUAGGGACGUCUCAGCAAGCUGGACAACCAGGAAUGCAGCAGCCUGUUGGUCUGAAUAGCAACAACUCUGGGACAAAUAUGCCCUUGAAUCAGCAGCCAUCAAGUACAAUACAGUCAGCACGAUCAAAGUAUGUUAAAGUCUGGGAGGGAAACUUAUCUGGACCGAGACAAGGCCAGCCUGUUUUCAUCACCAGACUUGAGGGAUACAGGAGGGCAUCAGCUUCUGAGACGCUUGCCGCAAAUUGGCCUCCGGUAAUGCAGAUAGUCCGCCUGAUAUCACAGGAUCACAUGAAUAAGAAGCAUUAUGGUAAGACUGAUUUUCUAGUAUUUCGGGCAAUGAAUCAGCAUGGCUUUCUUGGGGAGCUGCAAGAAAAGAAGCUUUGUGCAGUGAUACAGUUACCAUCCCAGACAUUGCUGCUCUCAGCUUCAAGCAGAGCAUAUCGGUUGUUGGCAGUGCUUUUCACCGGGGAUAUGGUUGCAUUUAAUCCGCAAAUACCAAAUCAGCAGCAACUGCAAGUACAACUACAGCAACAGCAACCGCAGCAGCAGUGUCCACAAAUGCAGCAGCAGCAGCAUUCACAACUGCAACAGCAACCCCUUCCUGUUAGGCAGCUUCAGCAGCAGCUGCCGCUUAUGCUGAUGCCGCAACAGCAGCAGCAACAACAGAUGGUGGGAACAGGGAUGAAUCAAGCCUAUAUUCAAGGUGGUGGAAGGCCUUAGAUGUUGUCCCAAGGACCAACGAGCAUGCCUAAAGACGUCUUGGAUACUCUCUGUUUAGAUUUAAUGAUGAUCAAUUAAUGUAGGCUAUGAGUAUUGUUUCCAUGAAUAUUAACUGUGCUAUAUUUGCUGAAACUGAGAUCAGCUUGGCCUCGCAGUAAUCGGAAACCAUAACUUUCUGGCUGUA